UAAUUCCCCAGAAGAAGAUACGGAGAGAAAGGAGCGAAGGGGAGGGAUGAGAGGGUGGUGUGCGGUUAGCUCCUCGGGUUCUCUCAGUUUGAAUUUCGGCCUAUACCCAUCGUCAAAGGCAGCAAACGGUGCUUGUGGGUGUUGUUUCCAUCAUGGUUUUCCAAGAAAAGCAGUAGUAAUAAAAUCCAAUAAUAAUACAAGAAAAGUUCAUCGUGCUAUCUCAAUCAGUUGCUGUGCAUCUGCAUCCAACAGCAACGAUAAAAUCUGUCAAGCUGAGAUUAACAAUUUCGUGGUGGUCAAUUUUUAUCGCUUUGUCUUCAUCAAAGACCCUCAACACGAAGUUGCUAAGCACCUCACCUUCUUAAAGGGUUUGAACAUACACGGCCGAAUCUAUAUAAAUGAACAAGGGAUUAAUGCACAGUACAGUGGGCCAUCAGAAGAUGCUUUUGCAUAUGUUAAAUGGUUAAAAGAAGAUGAAAAAUUUUCUGAUAUACUUGUUCAGACAUCUCCUGCAUUGAACGGGCAUGCCUUUCCAAAGCUGAAGCUGCGAUAUAAGCCCUCACUUUUACAAUUUGAAGGGGGAGUUUCUCACCUGCCUUUGCUUGAUCCAUCAAUGCGAGCUACACCUCUAGCACCAUCUGAAUGGAGAGAAAAAUUGGAAGCAGUAGAUAACAAUGACAAGGCGUCAAAUUCAAAUCCUAGUGCAGACUAUAUUCUGUUGGACAUGAGAAACGGUUAUGAAUGGGAUGUUGGUCAUUUUCAAGGUGCUCAACGACCAGAUGUGGACUGCUUUAGGAGAACUUCAUUUGGGGUUUCUUCAACUGAGGGUGUUGCUUCAGAUCUCCUAUCAAAUGUUGAUAAAGAAAAAACUAAUAUAAUGAUGUAUUGUACUGGGGGUAUUCGUUGCGAUGUAUAUUCUACAGUCCUAAGACAACAGGGUUUUCAAAAUUUGUACACCGUGGAGGGAGGGGUUUCUCAUUACCUCAAAACUGAAGGUCCUGUGAAAUGGGUUGGGAACUUAUUCACAUUUGACUCUCGUCUUUCUCUUCCACCAUCUAGCUAUAAUGACGAAACCAUGAUUGAAGCCAGUAUGACUCCACAAGCUUUUGAGAAUGAUAAAUUUGCUAAAUGCUACAUUUGUGGUUCACAAGUUUAUGAGUUAAGGCAUCGCAACUGUGCAAAUCUCGACUGUAACCUUCUUUUCCUAUGCUGUGCAAAUUGUUUGAUGGAUUUGAGAGGAUGUUGCUGUUAUAAUUGCACGACUGCCCCUCGUCGCAGACCUGUUUUACCUGGGUUUCAAAGAUACAAAAGGUGGCAUGUGUAUCGAGAUCUAGAAGUUCGAUUGCAAGUUUGAUGAAAAAUUCAUGACUUGGACGUUUGAGGUGCCCAUUCAUUGUGCAUGAAUAUGUUUGUGCUUUUUCCCAAGAUUAUGUUACUGAUAAAACAAGCAUGAUUCAAGUUGUAGCAGUUAAUCUCCAGUGCUAACUGUAGAUAAUUGAAGCAACGUGUAUGAUAUAGUUUUUGUAACAUUUGGUUUCAUUACAUGGAGGAGAAAUGCCUUGUUGAAAACUGAAAUGCAUAGCCUGAUUGAAGGGAGGCUAAGUUGAGAUCUAGCUUCAUGCUUUUAUCAUGGGAAGAGAAGGUAUCGUUUAGAUAUUCUUAAAUUAUUUAAAUAUAAAAAAUAUGUUGUUAUAUAUAUAA